AUGUCUGAAUUGUCUCACCCUUCGAUCAAAGACGGCUGGUUUGCUGAAAUCAGCGACACCAUGUGGCCCGGCUCGGCCAUGUCCUUGAGAGUCGACAAGGUCUUGUACUCCGCCAAAUCCAAGUACCAGGAUGUUCUCGUGUUCAAGUCCACCGACUACGGCAAUGUGCUUGUCUUGGACAACUGUAUCCAGGUUACCGAGAGAGACGAGUACUCUUACCAGGAGAUGAUCACCCACUUGGCCAUGAACUCCCAUCCUAACCCCAAGAAGGCGUUGGUCAUCGGUGGUGGAGAUGGUGGUGUCUUGAGAGAGAUCUUGAAGCACCAGGGCAUUGAGGAGGCUUGGUUGUGUGACAUUGACGAAGCUGUCAUUGAGGUGUCCAAGAAGUACUUGCCGGAGAUGUCCAAGUCUUACGAUGACCCCAGAACCAAGGUGCACAUUGGAGACGGCUUCAAGUUCUUGGAGGACUACAAGAACACUUUUGAUGUCAUCAUUACCGACUCUUCUGACCCUGAGGGUCCUGCUGAGUCUCUCUUCCAGAAGCCUUACUUUGAGUUGUUGAAGGGUGCUUUGACUGAGAAGGGUGUCAUCACCACUCAGGCUGAGAGCAUCUGGUUGCACAUGGACAUUAUCUCCAAGUUGAAGAAAGACUGCAAGCAGAUCUUCCCUGUUGCCGAGUACGCUUACACCUCGAUCCCAACCUACCCAUCGGGUACCAUUGGCUUCAUGGUUUGCUCCAAGGACGCUAACGCUAACGUCAAGAAGCCAUUGAGAUUCGAGUGGGAUGACAAGUUUGUCGAUGAGAACUUGAAAUACUACAACGCCAAGGUGCACGAGGCCUCUUUUGUUUUGCCUCAGUGGGCUGACAAACGUUUGAACAAGGAGACGUAG